UUGGACAGUAGCUAGAUCUUUGUUUGGUAUCAUCCCUGAGGUUACAGAUAAAUCAUGAUGAGAUUUUUAUCCUCCACAAUGAAACAGGCAGAAGUUGUUUUUUGUUUUUGUUUGGAUCUAUUUGUCAGGUACUGUUUAGUACAUUUUAGCUUAGUGGGAUGCACAUCAUUGUACAUGACUGUAUGCCUGGCACUCAUUUGUUUUAUAAUAAUGGCCUCAAUGACCCUUGUUUGCCCCAUUGUGACCAACAACGGGAGUCAACUUCUUUCUGCUUCCCACUACAUCACUGUGGAGUGGGACGUCAGGUUUCAAGCAGUGACUGACACAGUCUUCUCAGAGCUGUAGCUGAUGUCAGUCACUGUGUGACAGACUGGUCACAGAAUACCAUCUCUGAGCCUAUUCUCUCCUCGUUAAGCUUCUCAAACUGUCUCAGAAUGAGAGCGAUAGCCAUGUCUUCAAGUUCAGCAAUGGUGCGGAUCCUAAUAAAGGGCGGCAAGGUGGUGAACAACGACUGCACCCAGGAGGCCGACGUUUACAUCGAGAACGGCAUCAUCCAGCAGGUGGGAAAGGAGCUGAUGAUCCCUGGAGGAGCCAAAGUGAUCGACGCCUCAGGGAAGCUGGUGCUUCCUGGGGGGAUUGACACCAGCGUCCACCUGGAGGAAACCUUUAUGAACGCCGUUAGUGUGGACGACUACUACAGUGGCACCAAGGCUGCUUUAGCUGGCGGUACAACUAUGGUGAUUGGACAUGUCCUGCCAGACAAGAAUGAGUCUUUGCUGGAAGCCUAUGAGGAGUGUCGCAAUCUGGCAGACUCAAAAUCCUGCUGUGACUACGCUCUCCAUGUUGGAGUUACAUGGUGGGGACCCAAGGUGCGAGAUGAGAUGGAAAAGCUUGUGAGAGAAAAAGGAGUGAACUCCUUCCAGAUGUUCAUGGCCUACAAGGAGACGUUCAUGCUGAGGGACAGCGAGCUCUUCCAGGCCUUGCAGCACUGUAAGGACAUUGGGGCCAUUGCAAGGGUCCACGCUGAGAAUGGCGAGCUGGUCACAGAGGGUGCAAAGGAGGCAUUAGACCUUGGCAUCAGUGGCCCGGAGGGUAUUGAAAUCAGUCGUCCUGAAGAGCUGGAAGCAGAAGCAACACACAGGGCAAUUACAAUUGCCAACAGGGCCCACUGCCCAAUCUAUCUCGUCAAUGUGUCCAGCAUGUCUGCAGGAGAUGUGGUGGCUUCAGCUAAGAUGCAAGGUAAGGUUGUUCAUGGAGAAACAACCACAGCCCACGCUGUCCUGAACGGCAUGCAGUACUAUCACCAGGACUGGUCUCAUUCAGCUGCCCACGUUACUGUGCCUCCUCUACGCCUGGACCCCAGUACCCCAAACUUCCUAAUGAGUCUGCUUGGAAAUGACACUCUAAAUGUCCUGGCGUCUGAUCACCGUCCAUUCACAGUCAAACAGAAAGCCAUGGGCAAGGAUGAUUUCACCAAGAUCCCUCACGGCCUUCCAGGCAUUCAAGACCGUAUGAGUGUCAUCUGGGAGAGGGGAGUGGUUGGAGGUAAAAUGGAUGAGAAUCGCUUUGUUGCCGUCACAAGCUCUAAUGCAGCGAAGAUUUACAACCUGUACCCCCGGAAAGGCAGGAUCAUCCCAGGAGCAGAUGCUGAUGUGGUGGUCUGGGACCCAGAGGGAUCCAAGACCAUCUCAGUGGAUAACCAGUUCCAGGGAGGUGAUAUAAACCUGUAUGAAGGUCUCCGUUGUCGCGGUGUGCCCCUGGUCACCAUCAGCCGUGGACGUCUGGUCUAUGAAAAUGGCAUGUUCACAUGUGCUGAGGGCUCUGGGAAGUUUUGUCCUUUGAGGACUUUCCCAGAUUACCUCUACAAAAAGAUGGUUCAGAGAGAAAAGAGCCAGGCAGUGAAAGCUGUUGAGCGGGAGCCCUACAAUGGUGAUGUUGUUGCUGUGGUGAAUUCAGGAAAGAGGGACAUGGGCGCUCUAGAUCUGGACACACCAACACGCCCCUGCACCCGUCAUGGGGGUGUGAGGGAUCUCCAUGAGUCCAGCUUCAGCCUGUCUGGUGCUCAGUUUGAUGACAACAUUCCAAAGAGAUCCUCGGCCCGGAUCCUGGCUCCUCCUGGAGGGAGAUCCAGCGGGAUCUGGUAACCAGAUAGAUGAAACAUAACCCGGGGAAAACAAGUGGCAGAGCAAGAAGAUUGAUUAUGGAUUCAUUAUUUGUUUUUAAUUUUUUUUACUUGAAUUCAACAGUUAUUUAGAACUGUAAAACUGUAACACUUGCCAUAUUGAUUUACUCAAUGGAAAACAUUUGUCAUUUGGUAUUAGCUACCAAAAUUCAGUCCCAAGGUAACCAAAUAUGAAAACAGCAUAAAAAAGCAGUUGCUGUUGAGCUCCUUUGGUUUUUCUUAAUCGUGUAAGGGGAAAGCACUGUAUCUCAUAGUUUACGAGACAUUGUUUUUAUGAUGCAAUUGUGUUACCUCACUGUAAGAUACAAUUUUUGCACUUGUGUCAUGUACUAUUUAGAUGCCUUUUUACAUAAUUUAAUGUCGUAAAAUGAUUUUUACUGCAGGCCAUGGUGAAUGAAAUGUAACUUUUGUUGAUGUGACGCUAAUAUGUAUUAAACAAGUUGUUGGUUUUGAUGAGUUGAUGGAAGAAAAUUAACUAAGCUUUCUUUUUAAUUUUUUAUAUUUGUAUAUAUUUUUAUGCUUUCGGGACUAAAAAGAUGAAGGAAUGUUCUUGUUCAGAUUAGUAUUUCAGUUUAUGUUUACAGCUAUACAGCAGUAUGGGCUUCUUUUUCAACCCCACUAAAUGUGAAUGAACCUCUGCUGUGUUUCCAGUUAUAUUAUGAUUGCUACUAUCAUGUCAAGCACAACUAUUAAUUAUGUUACUUUGUAUUCUUUAAGACUAAUUAUUUUCACACUGAGCAAAAAGUCUCACCCAAAUGGCCUUUUUUAACACCUGAAAACACUAAACCUCUCAAACAAAUGUGUACAUCCUGACAUGUAAGCCACUGUCGUUUCUGUCCUGGGUCCUUAAGGGUGGAGCAUAGAUGUUCUCCUAACCUAGCAUCACUACUGUGAAAAAUAAUGAAAAGUCAAAGGGUUGCUGAGGAAGUUAAUGCCAGGUGUCUACAUGGGAUAAAAUGCCUUCAGAUGUUAAAAGUAUCAGUGAUUGUUUAGUUAGGACAGAACAGAUCCGCACUAGUACUUUUAUAAGCUUUCUGAUAUUUCUAAAUUUUACACUUAAAAUGACUUACUUGAUUUGAUUCUGUUUGGAAGUGGAAGCCGGAAUACGCACAGUUUUUUGCUCUUUCUAUUCUAUUUCUGUGGUCUUGUAAUGCUCCAGUGGAUCUUGCAGUGUCUUUCCCCUCCCAAACAUACUGUACACUGGUGCUGAACAAUGUGGUGUCACAUUGAAUUCCUCUUUCUCCUGUUUUGUCUUGCAGCUCUUUAUCACAUGAUUUAAUUGCAAAUAAACCACAAUGAAAUCAUA